AGAGUAAACUUUUUUAAACAACACCAGGUGGUUUCGAGCUUUUCACAACACUCUUUCAUUAAGUUCAUUCAUCCAUUUUACGAUAGGUCCGAGAAGCAGUUGUUGUUGCUGUUCUGAUGAUUUUGUUGGUUUUUACGGGAUAAGACCCAUCAUGAAAUGGAUGAAGCUUAAUGAAAGAGUGUUGUGAAAAGCUCGAAACCACCUGGUGUUGUUUAAAAAAGUUUACUCUGUAGAACUGAGUUGUAUUCAAAAGUUUUCGCUUGAACUCAGGGACUUGGUUUCCUGCAGUUCUGAUUUUCUGAAUAUUCCAUAUUAGUAAGUUUUAAUGAAACUUGCAUAAAACACUUACUUCUAAUUGAAAACUCUUCUAGCUGUUGAAAUCAUUUCUCGCACUCGUUCUUGUUACGACAAACCAAACACAUUAAAAACAACUCGUUUCUAUAAUUCUGCACAGGUGUCCAUAGUAAAAAUGAGGCAUUCUCAUGAUUUCACACACACAUAUGCUUGGCUGGAAAAAUAUUGCAAGAAAUAUUUCAAAACUACAUCAUUCGAUGCCAUUUUUCGUACUGAUCCCGAUUAUCACUUUAUCUUACAUUAAAAGCGUUCCUGCGUCGAUAGCAGUGGAUUUUUCCUAAACAACUUGGGUUUUUUCGAAGCCCUACGAUGUCAGCCAGGAAAACAUUUCCAUUAAGUUGCAUGCACUAUGGGUGUGUUGUAUAUAGACGAACGCUCUGGCAAUGUUUGGUGAGGUACCGAGCUUCAGAAACUUCUUAUAUUGAUUGCAUAUCUACGAAAACUUAGCUAGCCUGGAAAAUAAAUUUGUUUCUCCGACACUGUACGUCCAAAGUGGGACAUUUUUUCGUUAGUUUAGCCAAAAAGGAGCCGAGAUUCAUAGUCUAUGCCGUUUUUUUGGACUUGGUAGGCUUUAAUGGAAAACUUCUUUAUCGCACCAAUUUGUUUUCAGGCUUCUCGUAAUCAUUUGAGCGAACAACGGUAUAGCAGCAAUGCAUUAUAACGAUAUAACCCUAUCAGAAUCAAUCGUGCAAGAAACUAAUGGCCUAUACCGUCAUUUUUUUACUGUUGAAAAUUACACACAACUUUCUUCUUUUGAAGUGAACGUCAGAGAAUAAAAUAAAGAAAAAAUUCAAAAAUCCAGCUUCGCUAACAUAACUUGAUAUUUUAAAACCAACUCGAGUCUGCUAACUUCUUUUUGGAAAUAUAAAUCUGUCGUCAGUAGAUGUCUCAUUUUGACUCUUAUUGGGGUGAUAUCUAUGAACGAAAGUAGGUACUUUUUAAGGCAACUAUUUCGACAUCGUCAACAUUCUGUGAAGUCUGCUCCAGAUCCCAUUCAUGGUUACUGCGAUAGGUUUCUGAUCCAGAGUGGUUUUAAUUCAUUAAAAUUCCGUUUUAGAUAAUAACGCAGGAAGACUGGAAUGAAAUUUUGCAUAAUGGCAUGACUUAUACAUCAUCAUGGUCGUCAAUCUACUUCAUUUUACUUAUGAUAUUUGGAAACUAUAUUUUACUCAAUUUACUAGUAGCAAUUUUCAUUGAUGGUUGUUCAGUUAAAGUAAGAAAAAAACAAUCACCAAUGAUUCCUUGCCAGAUCGUGUUAAGCUGAAUUAGCAAAUUAUUUUACAACUUUUCGCGUUCUAGAGAGAUCAGUUGAACUGUCUGUUGUAGGUUGAAGAAACAAAAACGAUAAAUAAAUUAGCUAUGUCAAUUGGACGACCAUCAAUUACUCAUAAUAUGGCUAUUACACAUGAACACUCGGAUGUUGAAGACGUUACAAAAUCGGAACAAACCCAUUUUUUAGAAAAUUUAUCAAAUAUAGAACGUUUAAUAUUACGAUAUACAAAUUAUGUGUUCACAGGUGUAUUUGGUAUUGAAAUGAUAAUAAAAAUUAUUGAUCAAGGUUUAUUGUUUGGUUCUAAUGCUUAUUUAAAACAUGGCUGGAAUGUUCUAGAUGGCUUUAUUGUCAUUGUUUCCAUAGUUGAUAUUAUUUUAACAUCUCUUAUUCAAGAGAAGUCUGCUAAAAUAGCUUCACAAUUAAGAGUGCUCAGAGUUCUUAGAACAUUGAGAGCAUUAAGGUGGAAUUUAUUGGAUGUUGCAAUUGUGUUCAUAGCUGUAGCCGAUAUAAACAUGGAAUUAUUUAUUAAUGUACAUCUACCUAUCAAUCCUACUCUUAUUCGAAUUAUGAGAAUAGCUAGAAUCGCUCGAGUGUUAAAAUUAUUAAAAUCAGCCAAUGGUAUUCGUACACUAUUAGACACAAUUGGACGAGCCCUCUUACAAGUGGGAAAUUUGUCAUUUUUAUUUGUUCUACAAUUUUUCAUGUUUGGUGUGAUUGGUGUACAAUUAUUUGGAGAUUUAGAUUGUAGUUUUGAUAAUCCUUGCGAGGCUUUAGAUAUUCAUGCCAAUUUCAAGAAUAUUGGAAUGGCAUGUCUUACUCUGUUUCGAAUUGGUAGUGGAGAUAAUUGGAAUAGUAUAUUGAAGGAAGCAACUACCCUGGGAAACAUUGUCGAAGAGAAUACCGAAGAGCAACAACCGCCUGAUGAACCUCACUUAAAUGAUGAGAUUGAUAUAGAAUUGAAGGAAAUACCCCCAUUUCAACAUUUACAGGCAGCUCCUGCUUUGACCACCACCACUUCUCAACCAGAUUUAAGUUCAUUAUCGUUGAAUGAUAAAACAAAAUCUGUUAAAACAUUUAUUGAAAAUUUAAAUCAUACGUUUGUGUAA